UGACACCAUUAACAUUUAUUGCAACUCAUCCUCUAUUGGAAAGGAACAAAUAUUUUAAGUCCUUUGGACACAGCCCUUUCAAGAGAUGGAGUGUGCAUCCACAUUAAAGCAAAUGAUCCAGAAGAAAGAACCAGACAUACAAGGCCUCAUAUACAAUAUGGCAUUUCUACACUAAUAAUUACUGAAUAUCCACCGUUUUUCUUUUAUAUCUACAUUGGAUUUGAAUACCCAAACCCUCACAGAUACCCCUUUACUACAAUAACCAUGACUGUCAAUAUUACAAGGAAGAAGUGAUCACCUUAUGAUUUUAAAAGCUGUAGACGUACGCACCUGGAAAUAAAUCCUACUAAAAUUAGUGGUUCUGAGUAAAAUAGCACCUUUUUCAGAAAGCGGGAGAAGCAAGCAGGCUGAGGGCUAAGCUGAUUAUGGCGGGUAAGAAGGCUGGCAUGAGCCUCUUGCUGCUGUUCACAGGAGGCCGAAGGAAAGUUACCUCUUCCCCGCUUGCUGAGACCAACGAUCAGAGCGAACGGAAUCACAAGCCCCACCUCCUGUCACAGUAUUGCUGGUGAAAUUGUCUUCCCCCUCCGAGCUGCUCUCCGCCGAGGGGUCGCUGACCACCGCCGCGCCAGGGAAGGGCGGGGGAAGCCGGUCUGUCGGGGAGCCACUCGGCUCCCACACAGCCCCCGCCAGAAGCGAGUGGCCCAGCCGGCUUUUCAGGAGCCUCGUUGCCCGCCGCAGCACAAGGAAAGAGAGGGCGCGGCGGCGCGCGGAACUCCAGCUUUCUUUGGCUGGGUGGAAGACAGGUGCUGGGGCAAAGGCCGCCGCCCUUGUCCGGCUUUCUCUGGGGCUGGAAGCUAGCGGGCGGCAUCUCUGCUCCGCAGCAGCCCCGAGUCAGAAAGGAGAAGGCGGGGUGCUUGGAGUGUUUUUACUCGCCUUUCCUCUGCCCGCCUACGUCUUGCUUGCUCAGACUUCCUCCACCGCCCCGGCUGAGCAAGGAAGCGCCAGCCAGCCGCUCCUGUCUUCUGGCCUGCGCUAAACGUGCGACGGGAGCCGUGGGGGUGGAGGGCGCUUGUGUCUUGUUUGAAACUGUCUUUAAGGCCGAGCGGCCGUGAGGCUCCCAGCUUAUCUGGCCUCUAUAAAUCCGGCUACUGCCGAAGGCUUGUAUUGGAAGGGCUCAGCGUGGUGACCAGAUGCCUGCAAGCUGCCAAAACCCUCGCGAAGCUACUUCUCGGCUCGCUCUCUAACGCCUGGCGCCGCCUCCUCGCAGCAGGGGGUGGGGCCGACUACUCUCUCCGGUGACUCCUCCCCAGAGCGCUGAUGCCCCAAUUAACUUAGCACUCAGGCCGUGCCACGUGACCGGGAGCUACCGGCGGCGGACGUUGCGCGCGAAGAUAGGGAGCGGUUGGCCAACAUGGCGGCAAGCAGUAUGCUGGGGGGAGAGGAGGAGGGGGGCUUCGGUGAUGGGGAGCGGCUGGAUUUCCUCAAGGACCGGCACGUGCGGUUCUUCCAGCGCUGCCUCCAGAUCUUGCCUGAGCGCUAUUCAUCCUUGGAGACAAGCAGGUUGACAGUUGCAUUUUUUGCUCUCUCUGGUUUGGAUAUGUUGGAUUCUUUAGAUGUAGUCAACAAAGAUGACAUAAUAGAAUGGAUAUAUUCUCUGCAGGUCCUUCCCACAGAAGACAGAUCAAACUUGCAUCGUUGUGGGUUUCGUGGUUCAUCAUAUCAAGGAAUGCCAUUCAAUCCAUCCAAGGGUCCUGGUGUUUUCCAUCCCUAUGAUAGUGGGCACAUAGCAAUGACUUAUACUGGCCUCUGCUGCCUAGUAAUUCUUGGUGAUGACUUGAGUCGAGUAAAUAAAGAAGCCUGCUUGGCAGGACUAAGAGCUCUCCAGCUGGAAGAUGGGAGUUUUUGUGCUGUUCUUGAUGGAAGUGAAAAUGACAUGAGAUUUGUAUACUGCGCUUCUUGUAUAUGCUACAUGCUCAACAACUGGUCAGGAAUGGAUACGAAGAAAGCCAUAGACUAUAUUAGGAGAAGCAUGUCGUAUGAUAAUGGGCUUGCCCAAGGAGCUGGACUUGAAUCUCAUGGUGGAUCUACUUUUUGUGGUAUUGCAUCAUUGUGCCUGAUGGGUAAACUGGAAGAAGUCUUCUCAGAGAGAGAACUUGACAGGAUAAGAAGAUGGUGCAUCAUGAGGCAGCAGAAUGGCUAUCAUGGCCGGCCAAAUAAGCCUGUAGAUACCUGCUAUUCGUUUUGGGUAGGAGCAACUCUUAAGCUUCUGAAAAUAUUCCAGUAUACAAACUAUGAAAAAAACAGAAAUUACAUAUUAUCAACCCAGGAUCGCCUUGUUGGUGGAUUUGCUAAAUGGCCAGAUAGUCAUCCAGAUGCUCUGCAUGCAUACUUUGGAAUCUGUGGCCUGUCAUUAAUGGAUGAGCUUGGCAUUCGUAAGGUUCACCCUGCCCUGAAUGUAAGCACAAGAACUUCAGAACGCCUUCAGCACCUUCAUGAGCUCUGGGCAACCAGGGACUCUAUACAAUAUUCAGAUGAUGUGCACAGUGCCACAUGACUGAUUCAGACUCCAAUUGAGCUUGGUAGCAUAAUUGUAGCCCAAGGUUAAAGCCAUGUAUAACCAAUGUGCUCUUUUAAGUGCUGGAACCAUACAAUCAAAUGCAUAUUACUGGCAUCAUUUUGACAGCAACUGGCAGCCAGUUAUUUUGGACUUGGAUUAAAAAGAAGUUGCUUGCACCUACAAGUACUCAACAGACUGUUUUUAAGAAUCUCUUCAAGGCAGAAUUAAUGACUAGUUAUAUUGUGUUAUUUCAAACAGUGCAAUGGAAAAGUGUAAUAAUAAUGAAAAGGAUAUCCACAAUGUAUUGACAUAUUUUCUUACUUAAUCUUUUGAGUUUAAUUGACACAGGCUUCGUAUAAAAUCUUAAAAUUAAGUGGAUUGCUUAAGAGUGUCCUUUUAAGGUAGAUGACAACUCUAUAACCUUUGUAAAACAUAAAUUAAAAUUAUUUUAUUCAUUAUA